AUGGAGUUCGCCUAUAUCCCACCUCAAUCGACUCAUGAUGCCUUGUUAGUGUUCUCCCGUUGCCUACGUGAACAGCUCCUCUCCAAGCGAAAGGUGGUAGACAAGCUUGAUAAGGAUACCGCUAAUAUCUACCGUCUUCUCUCCAAUGACGGCCCAGAGACCUGGAACAUUGUCAUCGAGUUCUACCAUUAUCGUGAUGAUGAGUUUGGGUUUGCCGACUCCAUAGAGUCUCUCCAGAUCUUCGUUCAUGCUCGCCUUCUAAAUACUCGCCGGCUCUCCUUGCUAAUCCGGCUUACGGCCUCUCCUCUCCCCACAUCGAACCUAGCAAGGUCUUUAACCUUCGCGCCCUCUGGUAUGGACGCCGAAUGCUAG